AUGGAGCCUAUUCAUCAAAUACCUCCAGUAUUAGUCUCUCUGAAAUUAAUUGCAUACAAUGUGUUACAUUGUGGUAGGAUUGCGGUCGCAAACGAAAAAGGGUUAGCUCUGGUAAACAUAGAUCCAGAGAACAAGGAGGAUGAGGAUGUGGAGAGCACUGAUAUGGAGAGCACUGGUGUAGUUACGGGCUUCGAUAAAUUCCCCAGUCAACUUAUGGAAGAGACCAUAUACAAAGUAAAGUCUGCGCGCACCCUAGACUUCCAUCCAACAAAGCCAUGGAUGGUCGUUACUCAAGCCGACAGGUUUGUUCACAUUUGGGACUACCGUGCAAAGGGAUUGAAAUGGCCAAUUGAGAUAAAUGGAGCAAAAGUUACGUUGGCUAAAUUUCUAGCCCACCAGCAAUGGGUUAUGGCAGGUACUACUGGUGGAUCCAUCCACGUGUAUGAUUGUGAUUCAAAGGAGCAAAAACGUGUUCUUCAUAAACACACGAAACCUAUCAAGUCUUUGGCUAUUCACGGAACCGAAUCGCUCGUGCUGUCAGCGUCCAUGGAUGGCAAAAUUUUGCUGUGGGACUAUGCUGGCGAGGACUGGAAUUUGCGAAAAACAUUUGACGUGAAGAGUCAAUGUUUGAUGCAAGUCGCGUUUGAUCCCAAGGACACCAAUAUGUUUGCUAGUGCUCAGGACAAAACAGUAAAGAUUUGGGAUCGAUGUCAAGAUGAUAGUCAACUCACAACAAUAUUGACUGGGCACUCGUAUCAGAUCGAGUGCUUGGAUUACUUCAGUGGUGGUGGUGAUAAGCCAUACAUGAUCACCGGUUCUCGAGACAAAACUGCCAAGAUCUGGGACUGCAAGAAUGCGAGCUGUGUCCAAACACUGGAAGGACAUGCAGGUCCCGUUGACAUUGUCUGUUGCCACUCGGGUGUCGUUUCAAUUCUAAUUACCGGUUGCAGGGAGGACGGGUCAAUUCGUCUAUGGAACUCCACUGACUUCAGGUAA